AUGAAGAGCACUCCAAUAGAAACACAUCGCACAUUUUUGGACAAAAGUAUCAAAGUACUACGAUAUUGCGGUGUUUUGACGUUCGACUCAGCAGCGCCCAAGUAUCAAAAAUUUUACAACUCGACAAUAAGGAUUUUUAAUUAUAUUGUUAUUGUUUUUUAUUUUUUUACCCUUGUUACCGAUGCUGUUGUUAAUUACAAGGAUUUGAUGACAGUUGCCGAUGAUGGUUGUUUCAUUGCUGGCUGGAUAGUUACUUACUUUAAGAUAUACAAAUUUUAUACUCAUCGGCACAAAAUUGGAAAACUCAUCGAUGACAUCCAUGAUCCAGUUGAUGCACUUCGACAAUCUUGUGAUUUAGGUGUAUUAACAACAAUGAAGACCUACAUGUUUUUUGACGCACUAGACUUUUACUUAUUUUCAAAUUGUGCUGUCACGUUGGGAGCCGCUUUGGUAAUACUAGUGCCCCGAGAAAAAGGUAAAUUACCGGUACGUGCAAUAUUCCCCUUCGAUAUUACAAAAUCACCCAUGUACGAAUUAGCAUUAUUCAUACAGUUAUACACACUUAUAUUCGGUCUUAUCAGUGUCGCUAUGGAAGAAUUUAUAAGUUUAGGAUUUUUGCGAUGGACCACUCUGCAGCUCAAAGUUCUCUCUGCCAAUUACAGAAACUGCGAGAGUUAUUCGUCAAAGCUUUCAGAUCUUUAUCUAUCACAAGACACCUACAAAGCGAUCCAAAAAUUUAAAAUACUAGACGCGUUGGAUGAGGACACGGAGAUAACCACUUUCGUUGAAUUUGACAGAAGAAAAUUUGGAAAAAUAAUUGACUCGUUCAAAUGGAGGUUCAAAUCUUGCGUUAAACAUCAUCAGAGGAUAACCCAUAUCAUUGAUGAUCUAAAUGACGUUUUUGACUCGUGCUUAAUUGUCCAGUUUGCGGUCAGUUUGUUCCUCAUUUGUCUAAACGGAUUUUUGAUCGUAAUGUGCGCUGACGACAGGAAAAAACUUAUAAGUGCUUUCACGUAUUUGGCUGUUGGAUUUUUGCAAUUGCUUUAUUGGUGCGGAUUUGGGAACGAGCUUUCUUUUCAAGCGAACUCUUUAACAACUAGUCAAUGGAUGUCGGGCUGGGAAAAUUGGUUCGAAAUAGGUAUGAAAGAUCUUGUGACAACUGCAAUGAUUAGAACAAUGCAGCCAUUGGAAAUGAGAGCUGGUGGAAUUUUUGUCUUGUCAAUGGACACAUUCAUCAAUAUUCUGAAAAGCUCGUACUCGGUGUUUGUUCUGAUGACCACAGUUACAAGCGAUGAA